UGUGAUUGGCUGAUGUUUGUGUACGAGCUCGCAGACCUUCAGAGAGAGUCACAGAGCUCCUGCUGAUGACGAUAAAGAUGAAGGUGUGGGUGCUGCUCCUCGUCCUCUCUUCGGUCCUCUGUGUCUCUGCUGAUGGUCUCCACGAGACAAACUCCAUCAGCGGCUGUUCAGACACUGAUGGAGAGGAUGCGCUGAUCCUGGAUGAUGAGGUGGUCUGGUACGCAGACUUCAACAAACACACAGGUGUUGAUUCUCUGCCAGCCUUUGCAGAUCAUCCACACUGGCAGGAAGGAAUGUAUGAAGAAGCUGUGGCUAAUCAACAGAUCUGCAGACAAAACCUGAAGGUGGCUCGUUCAGCUAUGAAGGACUACCCCAAAGAACUCGAUGCUCCUGACAGUGUGGAAAUCUACACUAUAGUAAAUGUGGAGAUUGGAGUCCAGAACACUCUGAUCUGUCAUGUGACUGGUUUCUAUCCUGCUCCUGUUAACGUCACCUGGAACAAGAACACAAAGAAAGUGGUUGAAGGAACCAGCAUCACUGUUCCCUUAUCCAACAAGGAUGGUACCUUCACCCAGACGUCCAAACUGGACUUUGUUCCCAAGGGAGGAGAUGUGUACACCUGCAUAGUGGAACAUGUGUCCUUGACCGCACCACUUACCAAAAUCUAUGAGGUGGACGACGUUGAACCCAUUCUGGGACCUGCAAUAUUUUGUGGAGUGGGUCUGACUGUCGGUGUCCUCGGCGUGGCAGCAGGAAUCUACCUCUUCAUCCGAGGAAGAAAGUGAUGCUGAUUGGUUUAUGCUAAUGUUUGAAUACAUUUUGAGGUAGACACCAUCCUCCGAUGAACUGAUUUUUAUAUGAUUCAUUACAAAUGAAACAUCUGGAGGAAAACUGUGGCAGCUGGUCCGAAUGAUCUCAGACCCUCCUCAUCCUCACUGGGACUGAUUAUUGAUGUGAAACAGAAAGAGUUUUACAUCAUUAAAGAUUUACUGAGGAAACUUUGAUUUCAGUGUGUUUCUGAAUGUUUCUGUUGUGGAACGGUUUCAUGCUGUAUUUGGUGAGCUGAUUUUUCUUGUGUGCAGAAUGAAGAUGAAGCUCUUGACUUUUUGAAUUAAAAUAACUGAAUGUU